AUGCGGCAAUUCUAUAUACUAUGGAACACAAACAGAUGGUUGUUUAUUCGUGUAGAACUAUUGGGAGCAUUUCUAUCAUUGUUUUUAGCUAUUUCCCUUGUUCAAAAAUUAAAUAGUAUCGAUGCUGGAUCUGCAGGUAUAACACUCACUUUUUCUACAACUCUAUUAGAAUAUAUUUACUGGUUAAUGAGAGAGGGCACGACAAUAGAUACGCAUUUUGAAGCAGUCGAACGUAUAAAUGAUUAUAUUGAUAUUCCACGAGAGCCGCCCAGUAUUGUAGAAGGCUCUAGACCACCAGCAGCAUGGCCUAAUCAUGCUGCUAUUCAAGCAAGAGACUUGGUCGUUAUUUCUAAACAUUCGGAAACAGAUGCUAUUUUAAAGCAUGUUUCUUUCAAUAUAUUUCCCGGAGAAAGGAUAGCUCUGAUAGGAAGAGCAGAUGCAGAAAAGCAUGCACUUGUUUCUUGUCUCCUUCGAUUCACAGAACCUAUAAGAGGAUCUAUUAAAAUUGAUGGUAUAAAUAUAGCAUGGAUAGGUGUAGAAGAUCUAAGGUCACGUAUCACCUUUAUUAGUAAAGAGGGAUGGCUUCUGAGUGGCACUACAAGGAGUAAUUUAGAUCCCUUUGAAGAAUAUGACGAUUAUGCAUUAUGGCAAGUAUUACGUCGAGUUCAUCUCGCAAAGCCUUUACAUGCAAACAAAAACAACAAUUUAUAUUCUAAUGUGCGAACGAUUGAGGAUUUGGAUAAAGAUUUGGGUAAAGAAGGAUGCUGUUUACCUGUUUUUGAAAGGCAAUUAUUAUGUUUAGCGCGUGCCUUAUUGCAGGAUUGCACAAGACUAGUGAUCUUUGAAGAAGCAAGUUUAAGCCCUGUAGCACAAGAUAUGGUUCGAUCAGUAAUUGAUCAAGAGCUUGAGGAAUCGACCAUUAUUAUGAUUCCAUAUAUGCUCCGUGAUGUUAUUAAAUAUGAUAGAGUUAUGGUAUUUGAUCAAGGAAGCAUAAUUGAAUUUGAUUCACCUAUUGAAUUAUUAAAUAAGCAACAGGGACUAUUACGAUCACUCUGUGAAAAAGCUGGUAUACUAGAUUCACUUAUUUUAGAUAUGGAUAGUAUUCCCGCAUAA